AUGUCUGCGGCCCUGGUACAGCGUGUGGCGGCCGCCACGCCACAGUCCUCCUCGGGCGCCCGCGCCCCGGCGCCGCAGCGGGCGGCGGUGCAGACAGCGGCGCGGCGGCCGGUGCGCUGCGCCCGCAGCCCGCGCACGCUCGCAGUGGCGAAUGCCGCCGCUCAGAGCGAGGCGCAAAAGCGUUGGGAGAGCCAGAUCCGCGACGGCAAGGUGCAGAACGUGAGCGCCAAGGAGGCGGGCGGCCUGCUGAAGGAGGGGUGGGUGCUGUUGGAUGUGCGCCCGCCUACCGAGAUCGCCAAGGCAAAGGUGGUAGGCGCUGUGGAGGUGCCGCUGUUUGUGGUGGAUGACGACAUGUCGCCCGCAGGCUUCCUGAAGCAGGCCUCCAACUUUGGCAUGGGCGGCUGGUGGCUGGGCGGCGCCCACAUGAAGCCCAACCCCCAGUUCCUGGCUGAGGUACAGGCCUCGGUGCCGAACGACGCGCAGGUGGUGGUGGCCUGCCAGAAGGGGCUCAGGUCGCUGGCGGCGUGCGAGCAGCUGAGCCGCGCGGGCUACGGCCCCCUGGCCUGGAUCAACGGCGGCUUUGACACCGCGCUGCCCGGGGACCUACCCACGAAGGAUGGCGUGGACAUCCGCCUGGGCGGCGUGGGCGGCCUGUCGGGCCUGAUGGGCUGGACCGAGGCGCAGCGGGAGGCCAACCGCAGCGAGGGGUUUGCGGGCGGCGCGGUGAACAUCAUCAAGGUUCUGGCGGUACUGCUGGUACUGGACCUGGCCUGGUUUGGCUACGAGGUCGCCACCAACUCGAGCCUCAUCGACAGCGUGCUGGGCAAGUGA